AAUUAGAUGCACUUUGGUAUUAAUUUUCGUAAUAAAAUGUGAAACAUUCGUCGAAAUUUAAACAUUUUUAUGAUGAAGUCCUUACGAGAAUUAAACACAGUUGACAGGUCGAGAGCAAUUUGCGAUUACUGUUUGCAAGAUGUCACACACAACCGACAAGGGGAAUUUGAGGAAAUGUUGUUUUGCAAAGAUUGUGAUGCGAAGGCCCACCCAUCAUGCAUGAAGUAUUCAAGUACUCUUGCAGCCCAGGCAUUAUCUUAUCCUUGGCAGUGCGUUGAAUGUAAAACGUGUUCAAGUUGUUUUACAGCCCGUGAUGGGGCGAGUAUUUUAUUCUGUGAUGGUUGUGACAAAGCUUAUCAUAUGCUAUGCCAUGAACCGGAGGUGAUAACGAAACCUGAGGGCAAAUGGUUGUGUUCUUCAUGCCUGAAUGACCCCGGCAUUUCUCUGGAAGAUUUUUCAGAAGAAGAAAAUGGUUUGGAAUCUGAUGUAGCAAGUUUUAGCAGUGAAUUACAAACCAGUGGAGCCAAUUCAACCCGACUAAGCACAGUCAGCCCCCCUGUUAAUUCAAACCACUCACAAAUAAAUAAUAUUCCGGACUCCACUAACUGGACUGCUGCUCAAGUUGCCGAAUAUUUCACCAAUGCUGGCUUUACCAAGCAAGCAAGUGUCUUUGCUGAAGAAGAAAUUGAUGGAAAGUCGCUUCUACUUCUACAAAGAACAGAUGUUGUGAGUGGAAUGACAUUCAAGCUCGGCCCAGCUGUCAAAAUAUACGAACACAUCGUUAAACUACAGCGAGCAUCUUCUCGUAAAAGGUCGUACCACCAACAGAAUGGGAUGUCUUAACCUACAUUCUGCUAUUAUUGUUGUUGUUGUUAUUUUAUCUUGUUACAGACUUUUCUCAUCUGUUCCCUUUCUAUUAAACCUUUUACUGUAAUAUUUCAGGAAAUGUUGCAGAUCAACAUGAAAUGUUAUGCGAUGAUUAUUCUUACAACCCCACACACAUAUAUAUACUUUAUACUAACAUGAGCAAUGGGGCAGCAUAUAAAGUUUUCUGACUGGUAUUUGUCUCAGCCUUUGAUAUCAAUUUUAAAGACUUCCGUUGUCUAACAAACGUAUCUCCUGACAUUCUGUGCUGUAAAGCCUUUAUAUAAGAACUACAAAUUACUGUUUUAAUUUUAUCUAUACUGUUUCCUAUUUACAGGCAACCGUUUUGUCCAACAUUUUAUCUUCAGAAAAAAUAUGUUGCAGCGUGGUUGUAUAGUGAUAUAUUACUAAUAUCUCACUUUGUUUAAUCAAAUUUAAAUUAUAUAUGUUGGCCUGGUAGUUCAUUUUUUUAAUUGAACGCCUAACAUAGAAAGCCAUGCACGUAAUAUAUUUAUAAAUAUUCAACUUCUAAUCAUGUUUUCUAACUUUCUCUUCCUAAUAGUGAAUGAAUAAUAUAAUACGGAUCAGCAGAAUUUUAAAUUUACUUAAAAUUUUGCCUAUGCCUUAAAUUUGGUAUUACUAAAGUCUCUAACAUGUUUCUAG